AUGAUUUCCUUGCUGAAAAACACGGCGAAAGAGCACAAAGACUACGCGCUUCUCAACAAUGCCUUAAAGAAAAUCCAUUCGUUGGCGCUGUAUAUCAAUCGCGUGAAGAACGACGCGGACGUCAUCUCCCACUCGUCGUCGCUGUCGUCGACGACAACGACGGCGCAGUUGGACGUCAACCAGUCGUCGAUCACAAUCAGCCAAUUGGAGACCAUUUGCGACGGACUGCCGGCGUCGGCGCUCUUGGGCUCAACUCUUCACGAAAUAGCUUUCGUUUCGAUUCGAAAAAGAGAACGAAUUUUGCUUUUAUUCUCGAAUCUAUUGAUUAUUGUUUCGAUUAAAGGGAAGAAAAAAUCGCAAAAAUUCGAAGAAAACAAAUACAAAGUUUUGAAUUUCUUCGCUUUGGACGCUCUGGACGUCAACUGCAACGACACGACGACAACGACGACCACAACGAACGACGCCGUCGUCUCUGACGACAAUUGUUUAGAACUUUUGGAAAAAGAUUUACAAAUUCUGCGAACAAUUCAGACGUCAUUUGUGUCGCGAUUGUCGUCUUCUUCGCGACACUUUUUGGAUUCGGUUUUUCAAGAAUUGUCUCAAAAUAUAAACAAAAGAAUGAAUGAAAUGAAGAAUUCGGAGAAAAAUCUCGAGCUUUUGAUCACUUCGAGCCAAACGUCACACGAAUUGCCGUCCAAUCAAAACGCUUCGAUUUUAUUGCAAUUUUUAAAUCAAGAAAAACGACAAAAAUUUUACGAAAUUCUAAAAGAACUCAAAUCUGAGAAAUAUUCUAAAAAUUCUAAAAUAAUUCCCGAAUUCUUGUGUUUUCUUCCGAUUCGGUAUAAAAUCGCGAAUUCUUUGACUCGAAACUCACUCUCUGUUUGUGUUCGCAGGAAAACACGCGCCGGACUGCAGUUCACGUGUGCGUCGCCAACAAUGGGCACAAACGACGUCUGGAUCUGCAAUUCCGACGGCUUUGUCGGACAGAUCAGCGUUCUGUCGCUGAACGCCGCGUCGGGCGCCACAAUCGAGCCCACAGUCGUCUCGUGCAACGGUGUCUGCAAUUCGCGCAUCAUUUGCAUGACUUGUGUUCCGAAAACGACGCAAACUCCGUCCCAAACGAGCGAAGAGUCCGACAUCAGCGACAGCGACGGCGGCGACACUCAGAGCGACUCCAACACGACGAGCGGUCGUUCGCGACGACAACUGGACGACGCGUUGAGUCGUUCGGCGUUGUGUUCGGCGACGAUGUGGUUCGGCACCGACGACUCCUCUGUUCACAUCUACUCCUGUUUCGACGCCAUUCGGUUGUUGUCGCGCUCUUCGCAACUCUUUCUCAUUAAGAACAAAGUGAAAGUGACGCUCAGCGCCAGAGUGGAGGCCAUCGCUUAUUUCAACGAACGCGUGUUCGUGUGUCUCGCGAACCAAAGCGUCGCCAUUUUUCAAAGAGAGGCGUCGGGCGCGUGGAACACGGACCCCGAGAUCCGGGCGGAGAUGAGUUGUUCGCGUCUCUGUGCGGUCGGCGCGCUCGUCUCGUGCGAAGACAUCAUUCGGCAGCACAAAAGCGCGUGUCUCAAGAUCUCAUCCCUUCUGGCCGUCAAA